GCAACAGCAGUCUUUCCCAUAAUGAGCUGCAUCAUCUGAACUGAUGUCACAGCAUCAUGCAGCAGGUCAAACAAGGCAUCUCCUAGUAUUGCAUCCUACAGAUGUGCUGUAAACAUCAAAAGAAGACGGUGGGAUCAGGAGAUGAGCCUAAUCUGGUAUCCUGGAAUCAUAUACAAAACAAAACAAACAAACAAAAGCCCCAUUAGGCCCCAGAAGUGUCAUUAAUCCUGAGUAAAGGAAAGAUAAGUGCGAACCUUUACUAGAGAAGCUGUUUUGGAAAGAAGUGAGGUUUAGACUUCUCCAUGUUAACCAUGAGUGUGACACUUUCCCCCCUGAGGUCACAGGACCUGGAUCCCAUGGCUACUGAUGCUUCGCCCAUGGCCAUCAACAUGACACCCACUGUGGAGCAGGGUGAGGGAGAAGAAGCAAUGAAGGACAUGGACUCUGACCAACAGUAUGAAAAGCCACCCCCACUACACACAGGGGCUGACUGGAAGAUUGUCCUCCACUUACCUGAAAUUGAGACCUGGCUCCGGAUGACCUCAGAGAGGGUCCGAGACCUAACCUAUUCAGUCCAGCAGGAUUCAGACAGCAAGCAUGUGGAUGUACAUCUAGUUCAACUAAAGGACAUUUGUGAAGAUAUUUCUGAUCAUGUUGAGCAAAUCCAUGCCCUCCUUGAAACAGAGUUCUCCCUAAAGCUGCUGUCUUACUCUGUCAACGUGAUAGUGGACAUCCACGCAGUGCAGCUCCUCUGGCACCAGCUUCGAGUCUCAGUGCUGGUUCUGCGGGAGCGCAUUCUGCAAGGUCUGCAGGACGCCAAUGGCAACUACACUAGGCAGACGGACAUUCUGCAAGCUUUCUCUGAAGAGACAAAAGAGGGCCGGCUUGAUUCUCUAACAGAAGUGGAUGACUCAGGACAAUUAACUAUCAAAUGUUCUCAAAAUUACUUGUCUCUGGAUUGUGGCAUUACUGCAUUCGAACUGUCUGACUACAGUCCAAGUGAGGAUUUGCUCAGUGGGCUAGGUGACAUGACCUCUAGCCAAGUCAAAACCAAACCCUUUGACUCUUGGAGCUACAGUGAGAUGGAAAAGGAGUUUCCUGAGCUUAUCCGAAGUGUUGGGUUACUUACGGUAGCUGCUGACUCUAUCUCUACCAAUGGCAGCGAAGCAGUUACUGAGGAGGUAUCUCAAGUAUCUCUCUCAGUAGACGACAAAGGUGGAUAUGAGGAAGGCAAUGCUUCUGCAGUCGAAGAGCAACCAGGCUUAACACCGGGGGUGUCAUCAUCUUCAGGAGAAGCUCUGACAAAUGCUGUUCAACCCUCCUCUGAGACUGUGAAGCAAGAAUCCAGUUCCUCCUCCCAUCUUGAUGUAAAGAAUCAGCAGCCUGUUCCUUGUGAAAAUGCAACCCCCAAGCGAACCAUCAGAGAUUGCUUUAAUUAUAACGAGGACUCUCCCACACAGCCCACAUUGCCAAAAAGAGGACUUUUUCUUAAAGAGGAAACAUUUAAGAAUGAUCUGAAAGGCAAUGGUGGAAAGAAGCAAAUGGUUGAUCUAAAUCCUGAGAUGAGCAGAAGCACCCCUUCGCUAGUAGAUCCUCCUGACAGAUCCAAACUUUGCCUGGUGUUGCAGUCUUCCUACCCCAACAGCCCUUCUGCUGCCAGCCAGUCUUAUGAGUGUUUACACAAGGUGGGGGAUGGGAAUCUUGAAAACACAGUCAAAUUUCACAUUAAAGAAAUUUCUUCCAGCCUGGGAAGGCUUAACGACUGCUAUAAAGAGAAAUCUCAACUUAAAAAGCCACACAAGACCUCAGAAGAGGUGCCUCCAUGCCGAACACCUAAACGGGGGACUGGUUCAGGCAAACAAGCUAAAAAUACAAGGAGCUCAGGAGUACCAAAUGGAGAGCUUUCUUGUACUUCCAAGGCCAUAGAGGGGCCGCAAACAAAUUCUGCUUCCACAUCCUCACGUGAGCCUUGUAAUCAGAGAAGUUGGGAUGCCAAAUUGCAAUUGCAGUCAGAAACAUCCAGUUCCCCACCUUUUACUCAGAGCAGUGAAUCCUCUGUUGGUUCAGACAACAUCAUGUCUCCGGUGCCACUUCUUUCAAAACACAAAAGCAAAAAAGGUCAUGCCUCCUCUCCAAGUCACGUCACUAGGAAUGGUCAGGUUGUGGAGGCCUGGUAUGGCUCUGAUGAAUACCUAGCACUGCCCUCUCACCUCAAGCAGACAGAAGUAUUGGCUUUGAAGUUGGAAAACCUAACAAAGCUUCUGCCUCAGAAACCCAGAGGAGAAACCAUCCAGAAUAUUGAUGACUGGGAACUGUCUGAAAUGAAUUCAGAUUCUGAGAUCUAUCCAACCUAUCAUGUCAAAAAGAAGCAUACAAGCCUAGGCAGGGUGUCUCCAAGCUCAUCUAGUGACAUAGCCUCUUCACUAGGGGAGAGUAUUGAAUCUGGGCCCCUGAGUGACAUUCUUUCUGAUGAGGAGUCCAGUAUACCUCUCACUGGCAUGAAAAAGUAUGCUGAUGAGAAGUCAGAAAGACCUUCAUCCUCUGAGAAAAAUGAGAGCCAUUCUGCCACAAAAUCAGCUUUAAUUCAGAAACUGAUGCAAGAUAUUCAGCACCAAGACAACUAUGAAGCCAUAUGGGAAAAAAUAGAGGGAUUUGUAAACAAACUGGAUGAAUUCAUUCACUGGUUAAAUGAAGCCAUGGAAACUACAGAGAACUGGACUCCCCCUAAAGCAGAGAUGGAUGGCCUUAAACUGUAUCUGGAGACACACUUGAGUUUUAAGUUGAAUGUAGACAGUCAUUGUGCUCUCAAGGAAGCUGUGGAGGAGGAAGGACACCAACUUCUUGAGCUUAUUGCAUCUCACAAAGCAGAAGGACUGAAGGACAUGCUGCGGAUGAUUGCAAGUCAAUGGAAGGAGCUGCAGAGACAAAUCAAACGGCAGCACAGCUGGAUUCUCAGGGCUCUGGAUACCAUCAAAGCCGAGAUACUGGCUACUGAUGUGUCUGUGGAGGAUGAGGAAGGGACUGGAAGCCCCAAGGCUGAGGUUCAACUAUGCUACCUGGAAGCACAAAGUGAUGCUGUUGAGCAGAUGUCCCUCAAGCUGUACAGCGAGCAAUAUACCAGCAGCAGCAAGCGAAAGGAAGAGUUUGCUGAUAUGUCAAAAGUUCAUUCAGUGGGAAGCAAUGGGCUUCUGGACUUUGAUUCAGAAUAUCAGGAGCUCUGGGAUUGGCUGAUUGACAUGGAGUCCCUUGUGAUGGACAGCCACGACCUGAUGAUGUCAGAGGAGCAGCAGCAGCAUCUUUACAAGCGAUACAGUGUGGAAAUGUCCAUCAGACACCUGAAAAAGACGGAGCUGCUUAGUAAGGUUGAAGCUUUGAAGAAAGGUGGCGUUUUACUACCAAAUGAUCUCCUUGAAAAAGUGGAUUCAAUUAAUGAAAAAUGGGAACUGCUUGGGAAAACCCUAGGAGAGAAGAUCCAGGACACAAUGGCAGGGCACAGUGGGUCGAGUCCACGUGACCUGCUCUCUCCUGAAAGCGGAAGCCUGGUAAGGCAGCUGGAGGUCAGGAUCAAAGAACUGAAAGGGUGGCUAAGAGAUACAGAGCUUUUCAUCUUCAAUUCCUGUCUGAGACAAGAAAAGGAAGGAACAAUGAAUACUGAGAAACAACUGCAAUACUUUAAGUCCCUCUGUCGUGAAAUCAAGCAACGACGUCGAGGAGUUGCCUCCAUUUUGCGACUAUGCCAGCAUCUUUUGGAUGACCGGGAGACUUGCAAUCUGAAUGCAGACCACCAGCCCAUGCAGCUGAUCAUUGUAAAUCUUGAAAGAAGGUGGGAAGCCAUUGUCAUGCAAGCCGUCCAGUGGCAAACACGUCUACAAAAGAAGAUGGGAAAGGAAUCUGAGACUUUGAAUGUGAUUGAUCCUGGCUUGAUGGACCUAAAUGGGAUGAGUGAGGAUGCCCUGGAAUGGGAUGAAAUGGACAUAAGUAACAAGUUAAUUAGUUUGAAUGAGGAAUCAAAUGACCUUGAUCAAGAACCCCAACCUGUUAUCUCUUCCUUGAAGCUUGGAGAGACAAGUAAUGAGGACCCUGGUUAUGACGAGGAGGGUGAUAACCAUGGGGGAUCUCAGUAUGCCUCAAAUAUUACUGCCCCCUCUAGUCCACACAUUUACCAGGUGUACAGCCUCCACAAUGUUGAACUCUAUGAGGACAACCACAUGCCAUUUCUGAAAAACAAUCCAAAGGUCACUGGCAUGACACAGCCUAAUGUUUUAACUAAGAGUCUCAGUAAAGACUCUUCAUUUUCAUCUACCAAAUCUUUGCCAGAUCUUCUAGGCGGUUCCAAUUUGGUAAAGCCCUGCGCAUGUCAUGGAGGAGACAUGAGCCAGAAUUCAGGCAGUGAGAGUGGAAUUGUCAGUGAAGGAGACACAGAAACCACUACCAACUCUGAAAUGUGCUUGCUCAAUGCAGUGGAUGGGUCCCCAAGUAACCUUGAAACUGAACAUCUGGACCCACAAAUGGGAGAUGCAGUUAACGUGUUAAAGCAAAAAUUUAAAGAUGAGGGGGAAUGCAUUAAGCUUCCAAAUAGCUCUCAGUCGUCCAUUUCACCAGUGGGUUGUGUAAAUGGAAAAGUUGGAGAUUUAAACAGUGUUACCAAACAUACCCCUGAUUGUUUGGGAGAAGAAUUACAAGGAAAACAUGAUGUGUUUACAUUUUAUGAUUAUUCAUACCUCCAAGGCUCAAAACUCAAAUUACCAAUGAUAAUGAAACAGUCACAAAGCGAAAAAGCACAUGUGGAGGAUCCCCUGCUUCGUGGUUUUUAUUUUGAUAAAAAAUCAUGCAAAUCUAAACAUCAGACUACAGAGUUACAACCCGAUGUACCUCCCCAUGAAAGGAUUUUGGCAAGUGCAUCUCAUGAAAUGGAUCGCAUUUCAUAUAAAAGUGGCAAUAUAGAAAAGACAUUCACUGGCAUGCAGAAUACCAAACAGCUUUCCCUUUUAUCUCAUAGUUCAUCUAUUGAGUCCCUUUCUCCAGGGGGUGAUUUAUUUGGAUUGGGCAUCUUUAAAAAUGGCAGUGACAGCCUCCAGCGAAGCACUUCUUUAGAAAGUUGGUUGACGUCCUAUAAAAGCAAUGAAGAUCUUUUUAGCUGUCACAGCUCUGGGGAUAUAAGCGUGAGCAGUGGCUCAGUUGGUGAACUAAGUAAAAGAACAUUAGAUCUCCUGAAUCGUUUGGAGAAUAUCCAGAGCCCCUCAGAGCAAAAGAUAAAGCGAAGUGUUUCUGAUAUCACUCUUCAAAGCAGUUCCCAAAAGAUGUCUUUUACUGGCCAGAUGUCAUUGGAUAUAGCAUCUUCUAUCAAUGAAGACUCAGCGGCAUCUCUAACAGAACUUAGCAGUAGUGACGAGCUCUCUCUUUGCUCAGAGGAUAUUGUGUUACACAAGAACAAGAUCCCGGAAUCGAAUGCAUCGUUCAGGAAGCGUCUGACUCGUUCAGUGGCUGAUGAAAGCGAUGUCAAUGUCAGCAUGAUUGUUAAUGUCUCUUGCACCUCUGCUUGCACUGAUGAUGAAGAUGACAGCGACCUGCUCUCCAGCUCUACUCUUACCUUGACUGAAGAAGAGCUGUGCAUCAAAGAUGAGGAUGACGACUCCAGUAUUGCAACAGAUGAUGAAAUUUAUGAAGACUGCAACUUGAUGUCAGGGCUAGACUACAUAAAGAAUGAAUUACAGACCUGGAUUAGGCCAAAAUUGUCUUUGACAAGAGAUAAGAAAAGGUGCAAUGUCAGUGAUGAGAUGAAGGGCAGUAAAGAUGUAAGUAGCAGUGAGAUGACCAAUCCCUCUGAUACUCUGAAUAUUGAGACCCUUCUAAAUGGCUCUGUAAAACGUGUCUCUGAAAAUAAUGGAAAUGGUAAGAAUUCAUCUCAUACCCGUGAGUUAGGAACAAAGGGUGAAAAUAAGAAAACUAUUUUCAAAGUUAAUAAAGAUCCAUAUGUGGCUGACAUGGAAAAUGGCAACAUUGAAGGUAUUCCGGAAAGGCAAAAGGACAAACUGAAUGGGACUUCAAAGGUAUCAGAAAAUCUUGGUUCAAAUGGGGAAGAGAUUUCAGAGAGUGAGCAUUGUAAGUGUAAAGCACUUAUGGAUAGUUUAGAUGAUUCAAAUACUGCUGGCAAGGAAUUUGUUUCCCAAGAUGUUAGACAUCUUCCAAAGAAGUGUCCAAAUCACCACCAUUUUGAAAAUCAAAGCACUGCCUCUACUCCCACUGAGAAGUCGUUCUCAGAACUGGCUUUAGAAACCAGGUUUAACAACAGACAAGACUCCGAUGCUAUGAAAUCAUCUGAUGAUGCACCGAGUAUGGCUGGAAAAUCUGCUGGUUGUUGUCUAGCACUUGAACAAAACGGAACAGAGGAAAAUGCUUCUAUCAGCAACAUUUCCUGUUGCAACUGUGAGCCAGAUGUUUUCCAUCAAAAAGAUGCCGAAGAUUGUUCAGUACACAACUUUGUUAAGGAAAUCAUUGACAUGGCUUCGACAGCCCUAAAAAGUAAAUCUCAACCUGAAAACGAGGUGGCUGCUCCUACUUCAUUAACUCAAAUCAAGGAGAAAGUGUUGGAGCAUUCUCACCGGCCCAUCCAGCUGAGAAAAGGGGACUUUUAUUCGUAUUUAUCUCUCUCAUCUCAUGACAGUGAUUGUGGGGAGGUCACCAAUUACAUAGAAGAGAAAAGCAGCACUCCAUUGCCGCUAGACACCACCGACUCAGGCUUAGAUGACAAGGAAGAUAUUGAAUGCUUCUUUGAGGCCUGUGUUGAGGGUGACGCUGAUGGAGAGGAGCCUUGUUUCUCUAGUGUUCCUCCAAAUGAAUCUGCAGUUCCCAGCGAAGCUGCAAUGCCACUACAAGCAACAGCAUGUUCUUCUGACUUCAGUGAUAGUUCUCUUUUAGCUGAUGAUGCAGAUACAGUGGCUCUUUCAAGUCCUUCCUCUCAGGAAAGAGCUGAGGAUGGAAAGGAAGUGAAUGGUUUGCCCCAAACUUCCAGUGGCUGUGCAGAAAAUGUAGAGUUUACUCCUUCAAAGCUUGACAGUGAAAAGGAAAGUUCCGGAAAACCAGGUGAAUCUGGAAUGCCAGAAGAACAUAAUGCUGCUUCAGCUAAAUCUAAAGUUCAAGACCUCUCCUUGAAGGCAAAUCAGCCAACAGACAAGGCUGCAUUGCAUCCCAGCCCCAAAACUUCAACCUGUGAAGAAAAUCUUCUGAACCUUCAUGAAGAACGACAUAGAAAUAUGCAUAGGUAGAAUGUACCCCCUCCCCAAGCAUGAAAAUCAUCUCACUGAAAGAUGCGCCUGGCUGCAACUCAGGGGUGGCCUCAUCCUCCCGCCCUGGGCUGGUCUCUGGUUCCAUCACGUUUGUCACUGCCGUUUAUUACAUUGACUUCUCCCAAGAUGAAUCUUCCUUCCAAAUGUGUUUUCUCCACACGAGCCUUGUGAUCUGAAUGUGUGCACUGGUUCUCUUUAGGUGAUCGUCUUUGAAGUUCAGCAAAGCUGCUUGUUCUCCCAUGGAUUCCUGUCCCAAGCUACCUCUACCAACCCUCUCUCUCCAGCUAGACUUUUCUCUUUGCCUCCUCCCCUCCCUUCCACUCUUUAAAGUUCUGCAGUUCACCAACUGGUGGUCCAUUAAAUUCUCCUGUCUAGAAUGACCCCCCACCAGUACUUGACCAAUUUCAUGUUUCAAUCUGGAUUUUUUUUUAAUGGUAUGAUGACUGUGUUUAUUGAAAGAGUUUUACCUAAAAAGCCAACAUUUGAAUUGAUUGCAGCAUAGAGAAGAAACACUGGUCCUUCUUUCAAAAUUAAGCAACUAUUAAAAGCGCCAUUUUAUUUAUUUCAUUUAAAAAAUAAUCUAUGCAGCAUUUCAAGAAACAACCAUACGGUGUUGUAUAUUACAAACUGGUGACAUUCUACUAUUGAAUUAUGUACAACAUUUUCAUUUUUUAUGCUUCUUGAGGUGGUAAUGAGAAAAAAGUUUUUUAAAAAAGUGUGCCUUGCUGUAUUUCUUAUACCAUUUAUUAAAAAGCUGCUUUCAUGGUAAAAUUAUGUUGGUUUGAAAGGAGGAAAUAGCAAGGUUAAGAUGUGUGAAUAAUUUCUGUAUAUAUGUAUAACCGAGUACAAACAUUGAUGUAUAAUGACAGUAUAAAAUGCUUUCAUGUUUGUGAUGUCUAGUGAUGUGGAAAAUAUAAGCCUUAAAUCCAUUAGGUUGCAUGGUAAUUAAAAUUGGCAUAAUAAACACAGAUUAUUGGGGGAAAAGGAAAAUUAGUGAUCUCUUCUACUAUGUUCUUUACCAAAUUGUUGCAUCUGGUUCUGAAAAAGUAUAGCAUGUAGCAGCUUCCAAACAUAUUCAUAUUGCUUAAGAGGCUUAACAUUACCUAAACUAGAGACUAGACAUAAAGCCUUCAGUUUUCAGAAUCUUUCUGGUCACUAUAAAGAUCUUGGAACAGCAAAUGAUUAAAUGUCGUUCCCCUAAACCAAUAAACAUUUAUACUAGAUUUUUUAUUUCUACUUAUCAUUAAUGAUUUGAUGUUGGAUUUCAGGAUACCUUGUAUGUCUUAAUUUAUUUUAAAUAUUUAUUUUGAAUGAGUUUGAUAGAAAGCUAGUAGAAAAGUAUAGAAAAUUUGACUAUUAUUUAUAGAUUUCAGGUAUAUUUAUAUGUGUAAAAGAAAUUGACAAAGAAAUAUUUCAUCUGGCCUUUACUGACUCCUGUUAAAUGCAGUUUUAAAUUUAUAUGGUAACACCUACUUAAGUGCCUGACACAGUAGGUAUUCAAUAAAAAUUUACUGAAUUAAAGGAUUAAAUUAGGUGACAUGGUGACAUCUAUCCCUUUAUUUUGACACUAAAACAUGGACACAACUAGAAAAAGGUACAAUGCAAUAUAAAAUCACAAUAGAUAAUGUAUAUCAAAUUUCUAAAAGGUAAAGAAUGUUGUGGGUUCAUGUAGUCACAGGAAUGACAAUCAUUCAUUUAACAGAUAGUUCAGAAACACUUUUUAUCUGCAAGGCACUAUUCUAGAUCCAGAAGAUGCAAUGUUGAACAAACAGACAAAGCCGUGCCCUCAGAAGGCUCUUCUGCAUUAGGAAAAAGUGAACACACAAAUGACAUGAAGUAUUUGUUGCAGAGCUGAGGAAGAGAGCAAAUGUAGCGAUAGAGGCGCAAUGAGAGAAGCAGCAGUGGGUACAAGGAGGAAGAAAAAGGACUUGCAGAGAGUGGAAAGUUAGUGGAAUAUUCAUGAAACUUCAUUGCAGGGGUAAUAGAAGAAAAAGUAAAUUGGGAGGACUUAAUGAAAGGUCUUUUAAAAAGUUAACUUGGAGCUUUUGUAUGUAAAAUGCUAGGUAAUAAGGACACUUUGUACAGGCUGUUUUGCACCUGAUUUUGUUUAUCAUUAGUACCACACCAAGAUCAUUUAGAUGAUGCUUAUCUGUAAUUCUACCACUUUAAUAACUAUUUGUAUUUUUAUGCCCCUUCUAAUCCUUUCCAUACAUAUUUCUAAAUGGAUAAAUUAUUCUAGGGUUCUUAAUAGGUAGUAAUUUGUUCAAAAGCGGUUUUAGCCAGACAUCUAGUUGCAAUGUUCAAGAGGAUUAUAGGGGAAAGAGAUUAGAGAUAAUUGUCUAGUUAGGGGGCAGCUAGAGAAAAUAAGCUAAGUUUGCAAUAACAGAGUACACAAGUAUAGUGGCCCAGGAUGUAGAGAAAGAACAAAUCCUAGAGUCUUUGAAAUUUCUAAGGGCAUUCUAGACCUCUGUUGGGAUAUGGUAUUAUUUUACAUACUGACACAACCUAAAUUUUCUUUGGGUAGUAACUAAUGUCAAGUCUACAUCUACUGGUAAAACAUUCAAAGAACAAACUGACAAUGAUGUUCUACCUACUUGUUACAUGCUCAUGGAAGACUGUGCAGUAUUGAAAGUAUUUGUUAAUUAUCUGUUUAGUAUUAACACUAAAUUUGUAGAAUGACUUUCGGGUCUGUUGAACAAUGCCUUUUCAGGUUGGAAGAGGAAAAAUAGCCUCAAUCUCCCACCCCAUGUAGGCACUACCUCCCCAAUUACCCUUAGAAAAUGAUCACACCAACUCUGCCUACACACUUCCAGUGAUAGUGGUUCAUUGUCUGUUAAGGCAAACUGUUCCACUGUUGGGCAUAUCUCUUUGUUAGAAAGUUCUUUCUUAGGUUGCUAAAAUCUGCCUAGUACCCUGCUAUCCUGCAUUUAAUUUUGCUCACUGGUCCUAGUUCUGUCUUACGGAGCAGCCCAGAUUUUCUUUACUCCCUUAUUCUCAUGGCAACCCUGAAGAUGAUCGAGGCCAGUUACUCAUCAUCUCCCAACCACUGUUUCCUCAACUGCCCUUCAUAUGUCAUGGUUUUCAGAUCCAUUCCAACCUGACUGAAUGUUAACAGACAGAAUUCUUGAAAUUAAGGAACUGUCUUCAUCAUCAUACAUGUAGAAAAGAAUCUGAACAUUUAAGUGCUAAGUUUUCUCUAGAAAUAUAUUCAAGAUAUGUUUAUUCUAUUAUUGUAAAUUUCAACCAAUAAAUAAAUAAGAAUCCAUGACUUCCUUCAGUGGCCCAGUCCAGUGCCUAAGUCAUCUUGAAUCUUCUCCUUACAUCAAAUACAAAUCUAACCUAUUUCCAAGUAGGGCACUCCCUCUGCUUAUUUAUUCAUUUAUUCAGCCAUUCAGCAAACAUUUAUUAAAUGGCUACCUAUGUGAGGCACUAUAUUUGGCAUUAGGUAUAUAAAGGCAAUUAACACAUAGUAUCUGUCUCCAAAGGUUUACAGUUUUUCUUCCGAAAGUGCCUUUUGUGUCCUUGAAUAGAGUGAUUAUGACUUUUGUCUAAAUUAAAUGAUGACCUCAUUUAGUUUCUGAUGAAGUUUCUCUACAUUUAAGAACAUCUAGUGAGCAAAACAGUAUAUAAAAUCAUCUGGAUCUGACUACCAGAAAAAGUAAAGCGGUUUUAAUUACAGAAAGAAAAAUAUUUAUUAGAUGUCUGGUCACUGAACAAAUAUGCAUCUCAUACAACAACAGAACAACCUAAAUUUAGGGCUUCCGGAAACCUGAGUUUGAUGAUUUUGUUGUGUUUGGUUCAUCCAGACUAGGUUUGACCCAUUCUGUAAUUCCUAGAAACAAACUAGAUGAAAAUAUCAAUGAAAUGAUCCAGGUCUUUCUUACAAGUCAAUUUGCUUUAGCUUCCAAAAGAAGUUGAAAUUUUUUAGAAUUUUAAAGAAAAACUAACUUUUCAAAUGUCAUAUAAUUCUUAUAUUUUAAAUAUAAAUUGAACCAACUAAAUUUACCACUAUAUUUUUUUCUACAUAUUCUUUUUUCAAUUUUCAUUUUGAAAAAAUUCAGACCUAUGUAAAAGUUGAGAGUAGAACAAAGAUACUUGGUACUCAUCCCUCAGGUUCAUUUAUUGUUAAUAUUUCACCGUAUUUACUUCAUCUCUCUGUAUACACACACACUUUUUUGUAUGAUUAAAUCAUUUGAAAUUAAA